UAUGAUAGGUAGAACUUUAACUAGACGUUUGUUUAACUAUCAAAUUGUGCUCAUGCCGAUAAGAUAACAGUAAUGUCGUUCAGUCGCCACAUCAAUAACUCCCAUCAUUCCACGUGUACAGUUACACACAUUUGAUUUUUGUAAAUACAUCUCUUACAAGCAUGUUUUUUUCUUGACGUUCAGUGGUUUUUUCUACAUUGUGUUGUGUUCCCCGCCCUGUUCUCUUUUGUUUGCGUGCAUGCAAUAUUUAAAAUAAUUAUUACAAUCGAAUUAAAACGUGGCAAUGGAAAAACAAAGAAAUAUCGCUCUCAUAACGGGUAUUACCGGCCAGGAUGGUUCAUAUUUGGCUGAACUCCUCAUUCAAAAAGGCUACGAGGUCCACGGUAUUAUCAGAAGGUCAAGUUCCUUCAAUACGACAAGGAUUCAGCACCUUUAUAAGGAUCCCAACUGUCAUAAACAGGGAAAAAUGCAGUUGCAUUAUGGGGACAUGACAGAUUCAAGCAGUUUAGUUAAAGUUAUAAAAUUAGUUGAACCAACAGAAAUAUACAAUCUAGCUGCUCAGAGCCACGUCAAGGUGAGUUUUCAAUUGAGUGAGUACACAGCUGAAGUUGAUGCUGUUGGCACAGUAAGAUUAUUGGAUGCCAUACGAACGUGUGACCUCGAAAAAAAAGUAAAAUUUUAUCAAGCCUCUACAUCUGAACUUUAUGGUAAAGUUUUAGAGAUACCUCAGACUGAAAAGACUCCCUUCUAUCCACGUUCUCCUUAUGCAUGUGCCAAAAUGUACAGUUUUUGGAUAACUGUCAAUUAUAGGGAAGCAUAUGGCAUGUACUCCUGCAAUGGUAUUCUUUUUAAUCACGAGAGUCCUCGACGCGGUGAAAAUUUCGUAACGCGAAAAAUCACUAGAACCAUUGCUAAAAUACAUUUAGGAUUGCAGGAUGUGUUAGAACUCGGGAACUUGGAUGCUAAAAGAGAUUGGGGUCAUGCAAAGGAUUACGUAGAAGCAAUGUGGUUGAUGCUCCAACAAGAAAAACCUGACGAUUACGUUAUCGCGACGGGUGAAACGCACAGUGUCAGAGAGUUUGUUGAAGCUGCCUUUCUGUUUGUGGGUACAAAAAUUAAGUGGGAAGGCAAGGACUUGAACGAAGUUGGGAAGGAUGCAGAUAGCGGCCGAGUACUCGUCAAAGUUAAUGAGAAAUAUUUCCGUCCAACAGAAGUUGAUAUCCUAUUGGGAGAUGCAACAAAAGCAAAAGAAAAACUUGGUUGGAAACCAACUGUAACGUUCAAAGAACUUGUAUUUGACAUGAUGACAGCUGAUUUGGAGCUGAUGAAGCGCAAUCCAACAGCAUAAUAUUCCGCAGAUUCCAAACAGAGCUCAUUAGUAAUAAGCGCACAAAUUGUAAUAUAUUUAUAAAUUCAAUAUAAACGUGAUAUCAAUAAAAUCCUAUCAUUUUAUACUUGAAUAUUUUUUUCUCUGUUUUUUCGAUAGCCUU